AAAUGUCCUGUUAUAAACUGUGAAAAAACUCUAAUUAGACUUGACAAACACCUAAUUAAUUUUCAUCGCUUUCAAAGGGAAAGUGAAGAAUAUAUUCGUUACAACAGACAAGCCAUUGCUGCAAGAAAAUAUAAAAAAGAUGAGUUGAAAAUGAAGAAAACAAUGGCAAAACGACGGAAAGAAAGAAGCAACUACGUAAAUUACUCACAGUUUGUACCUCAUGAAGAAGAACAACAAAACACAACAAAGGAUGAUGAUGUCGAACAAGCAGUCCAAAACAUGUCCCAAAGACCAAGGAAACCGAAAGAUGAGCUUUCAUCGGAAAGAAUAAAAAGAAUAGAAAAACUGCCUCUUAUCAAAAUGUUUUACCAAUACUUGAUAUCAUUUGAAGGAAAGUUCAGAAAACCAAGGGAUGCAUCAGAUCAUUCUCGUCAGAUUUGUCGCUUGCUUUACGAGCUACAAGAUGAACCAAAUGACGCAUCCAUCUUGUGGCAAGAUGAAAGCUUAGAUCAGCUAAGAAAUUCAUUCUUCCUUGGAAACGAUCUCUUACAAAAGCCAAGGGCUCCAAACACGCUAAAAACAUAUGUUGUCUCUCUGAAGUUAUGGUUGAAGUUUAUGCUUGCCAGAAAAGUGAUGAUAAACAACAUUUUCCCUCAGUUAAAUUCAGAGCAAUUUGAAUUAAUUCAAAGUGCAAUAAAAAGAUUGGAAUGUUGGCCAUCUUCAUUCAGAACGGCUAGUGAACAACGCAAAAAUGAAAAUAGAAAAAAAGCAGAAAAACAACGGCUGAGGUCAAAGGACUUUGAGAAGUUGACCAACACUUCAAUAUUGAAAGAAGUGAAAGGAAUUUGUGCUAGAGCACAAAAACCUAACUACUACAUUGAAGUGAAUGAAUUUUGCACAGUCCGAGAUUAUCUCAUGUUAAUGCUUGUCCUUGGAAGUGCCCAACGAUCCGGGGCACUUGCAAACUUAACUGUGGAUGAGUUUGAAAAAGGGGAAUGGAUAGAGCACACUUAUGUAACAAAAACACUGGUACACAAGACACAAUCCUUAGGUCCCGCAAAGCUAUAUUGGGACAAUACCCUAAAAUGCAUAGCAGAUGCCUACUUAAAUAACAUGAGGCAAAUUUUUGCUACAUUGUCUUCUCAUCAUCGUCCUGAGCCUGGCAGAAGCAAUAGUAAAGGUGCAUUUUUCAUUGCCAUUUCUGGAAAAGCUCUGGAUGAGAGCCGAGUUAGUAGAAGGCUGAUAGAGUUCGGAAAAAAGUUGAACAUAGACUUACCUGGAACGCUGAAAAGUAGUAACUUACGCAAAUCUAUAAUAUCAUUGCAAAGAGAGCAGCACUCCACCAUAACAAAAGAUCAGUUGGCAAGACAAAUGACGCAUGAUGUGAGGACUGCUGAGAAAUAUUACAAUGUGUGCAACACCGACCGAGAAGAUGUGAACAUAUCUAAAGCCAUUUCAAAAUUGACCACUAACUUAACCCUGGAGGGCCCAUAAUUUGCUUACGUGAGAAAAAAAUUUUUUAUCAGUCAAGAACACUUACUAUGGGCCGGUUAAACAUAACAGAGGUCUUUUUUAAGAAUUUCGUGCAAUCCGAACAAAUUGGGCAAAUGGGUCAUAUGUGACCCAUUGGGCCUUCGUGGGUGUUAAGUAAUACAAUACGCUAACAACAAAAUAAUGACUGUUUAUUAAAAUUGUAACCGUUUAUAAAAAAAAGAACUAUGAUAAAA